AUGGGAAGGCUUCGGGAUUUUCAGUCCAAUCCACCACGCAACCCCCCAAAUGUCCUCAGUGUGGAUCGAAUCAUUGGUUAUCUCGUUGCGAUAAAUUUAGAAAACAGUCUCUUGAAGACAGACAGAAGUUCGUCAGAGAGAAGAAGCUCUGUAUCAACUGGUCACUUUGUGCGAUCGUGUUCGAAGGAAAGUUUCUGCAAGGUCGAAGGGUGUACAAGUAAGCAUUCAACCUUUCUCCACCCGAAAACGAAACAACCCAUAAAUAGCGGCAAGGAGGAGCCCAAACAAGACAAGCAAGUCCCAGUAAAGCAAGGUCCCGAAGCCGAUCAAGCUAAUUCAGCUAACAACGGCUACGUCAAGUCCAACCCGACUACGAGUUCCUCGGUCACAGGACUCGCAAUCGUCCCUGUUCAAGUUAAGGCGAAAGGGAGCUCGAAAACUGUGGAAACAUACGCAUUCCUCGACUCGGGUUCAAACACUACCUUCUGCACGGACGCUCUGCUCAAGAAACUCGGGACUAACGGUAAGAAAACAAAGCUUUCAUUAACUACAAUGGAAGGCGAAAAUGCGGCAGUAGAAUGUUCCAUAGUCAGCCUGGAUAUUGCCAAUCUCGAAGGUAAUUGCGAUAUUAAGCUAUACCCACAGUGUAUUCCAGAAACAGUUUGCCAGUCAUUAAGGAAGCAAUUGGCAAGCAAGAAGAUGUAAAUCGUUGGCCCUAUCUAUGUGGAAUCGAGAUCAAAUCGAUCGACGCAGACAUUGGUCUAUUGAUCGGUAGUGACGUCCCACGGGCACUUCAACCCUGUAAAAUAAGACAAAGUCAAAAUGGCGGUCCAUUCGCAAGUCGAACGGCUCUCGGAUGGGUCCUGAAUGGUCCGUUAGGCAGAAAAGAAACCAAGAUUCCAACGGCGAAUUUUGUUCAUGCUAACCAAACUCUAGAUCGCCGAUCUUGAAACCCCAGCUGAAGAAUAUCAAAUGAACGUCCAUCUGUUCGGGAGCGCUUCCAGCCCUAGUUGCGCCAACUUUGCUCUGAGGAAAACGGCAGCAGACAAUGCAUCACAGUUCGAUGACCAAACCAUUGAAACAGUCCAACGCAAUUUCUAUGUUGAUGAUUGUCUGAAAUCAGUUCGCGAAGAAGACGAAGCCAUUAAACUUGCAAAGGAUCUACGUGAACUGUUAGCACUGGGAGGUUUUAAGUUAACAAAGUGGCUAUCGAAUUCACGAAAGGUGAUAGAGUCCUUGCCGGAAUCGGAAAGGAGCGGCCCAAGUCAAGGACUUGAAUUUCGACAAGACCCCGAUAGAGAGAGCACUCGGUGUUCGAUGGAACGUAUCAUCGGAUACGUUUGGUUUCGCGAUCGUAAUUAAAGAUCGACCAGCAACAAGGGAGUAAUACUGUCAAUCGUAAGUUCCGUCUACGACCCACUCGGAUUCGUUGCCCCUUAUAUUCUCUCUGCGAAAUUGAUUCUACAAGAUCUUUGUCGUCUAAAGCUUGAUUGGGACGACAAAAUACCUGAUGAAUUUCUCAAACGCUGGCAAGCAUGGCUGAAUGAUCUACCUCAACUUGAAAACCUCGCUGUUGAACGCUGUUUCAAACCAGCAACGAUGAAGGAAAUCAAAUCAACGCAACUCCACCAUUUUUCAGAUGCCUCACAACAAGGCUAUGGGGCAGUUUCUUACAUCAGAGUAGAAGACGUUUCGGGAAACGUCAAGUGCUCAUUCGUUAUGGGGAAAUCCAGACUUGCACCAAUAAAACCGGUGACGAUACCACGAAUGGAACUAUCAGCAGCUGUCGUGUCAACGAAAACUCGAUAAAAUGUCGAGAAACGAACUAAGUAUACCUAUCGAUCAAUCUUUCUUCUGGACAGAUAGCACUUGUGUUUUGCGUUAUAUCGAAAACACAAACAAGCGAUUCCAAACAUUUGUUGCAAAUCGAAUUGCAACAAUACAUGAUGCUUCAACCCCUACUCAAUGGAAUUACGGAGACACUCAUUCAAAUCCAGCAGACGACGCAUCAUCAAGAGGCGCUCCAGCAGAUUCUCUUCAGCGUUGGAUAGAAGGCCCAGAUUUCCUUUCUAAACCGAACGAAGCGUGGCCAAAGAGACCUGAAGAGUUGACUGCAAAUGUUCCAGACGAUGAUCCAGAGGUAAAGAAGAGUUCAUUAGUUUACGCCACUAAUGUCUCGAGUAGUCCCAACAACCAAUUCGUGGAACAGUUCAUCGGACGAUUUUCGUCAUGGAGCCGCCUAAAGAGAGUAUUCGCAUGGAUACUACGUUACAAGAGAAACCUGAGUUUGCUUUGUCAAUCUCGAAGGCAAGAGCGGUCAGAAUUUCACCCAUCAACAGAAAUCCUACCAAUCAGUUUGACAGAACUAGUCAACGCCGAAAUUGAAAUUUUGAAGCUCGUGCAACAAAACUGCUUUAAGGACGAACUCAGUCGUCUUCAAGAUAAGAACGGUAACAACUCGGUGAGCAAUACCAGUAACAUUUCAAAACUCGAUCCUAUUGUGGUUGACGGCCUCAUUCGUGUCGGCGGUCGUCUCCAACGAGCACAAAUCAACAGUGACGCUCGUCACCCAGUUAUUCUUCCUAAAACCCACCACGUAGUUAACCUGAUCACCAAGUUUUACCACCAUAUCUCCGGUCACUCUGGCUUAGAAUACACGUUAUCCUUAAUAUGAGAGAGGUUCUGGAUAAUCAAGGCAAGAUCUACGGUACGAAAGGUAUUGAAUGGUUGUGUUAGCUGCAGAAAACGACAAGCUCCCGCCGCUGAACAAAAAAUGGCAAGCCUACCACCAGAUCGUACAACCCCCGAAAAGCCCCCAUUCUCAUUUACCGGUGUGGACUGCUUUGGUCCGUUCGAAGUACGCCGUGGACGAACAAGGGCAAAGCGAUAUGGUGUUAUCUUUACGUGCCUGACCAUUCGAGCUAUUCAUAUAGAAGUAGCGAAUUCGUUGGAUACUGAAUCGUUCAUAAACGCUUUGCGGAGAUUCAUCGCGAGACGAGGCCAACCCGAAGUAAUGCGCUCGGACAACGGCGGUAAUUUCGUUAAGGGUGAACGGGAACUUCGACAAGAGAUAAACAAAUGGAAUCAAGCGCAGAUUCACGAUUUUCUCGUUCAACAGAACAUCAAAUGGACAUUCAAUCCACCCGCAGGCUCACACCACGGUGGGGUGUGGGAAAGGUGCAUACGAACAGUUCGAAAGGUAAUGAGAGCUAUUACAAAGGAACAGUUACUUGAUGACGAAGGCCUCAACACAUUGAUGUGUGAGGUGGAAGCUAUUGUCAAUGGACGGCCAUUGACCAAAUUGUCCGACGACCCCCGCGAUCUUCAACCUUUAACCCCUAACCACCUUCUACUCCUUCGAAGUGGACCAAAGUUACCACCCGGAAUGUUCUCGAAGGAAGAUUGUUGUAGUACAAAGCGAUGGCGUCAAGUACAAUAUCUGGCAAACGUGUUUUGGAGGCGAUGGAUCAGGGAAUAUCUACCAUCACUACAAGAACGACAGAAAUGGAUCAAGACACGAAGAAAUUUGGAGGUCGGUGACAUCGUUUUGAUCCUGGACGAGAAAACUGCACGUUGUUCCUGGCCACUUGGACGUAUCCUGGAAGUGCACACGAAUCGAAGGGAUGGUCUUGUACGUUCCGUGAAGGUGAAGACAAGCUCAUCAGUGUUCGUUCGACCAGUGGACAAGAUAAUCUUCUUGGAAUCUGAAGCUACUCCAGUGAACGAUAAGUAGACAAUACAUAGUUAAUUUUUGUUACUACUAAUAUAGUUUAGCAAAUGGACGGCGAUAAUUAUGAACAAUCUAUAUUCUUUCUAGCGCUAGCUUAGUUUCGUCGUAUGUUUCGAACCCAUAAAUAUUUAGGUAAAGGCUUCAGUAUCGCCUUUAAGGGGCCGGAAUGUUGGUUUCGAAACGGAAGGUCAAAUUAAUGUUUUCGAAAAGGUUCGAUGGGAAACAAACAAGUUGUUAUUUUCCGCUAUAAGCAAAAGUUCCCAUCAAAAUGCGUAAGUAUGGUCAGCAAAUGCGUAAUGCGGUUGCCUAGCCUAGCCACGCUAUGUCCGUUGCGAAAAACAUAGGUUUGUAGAUUACGCAGUAAAUUUCGGUUUGUUUUUGUGCAAAAACAGUCUACCCAACUUGUAAACUUCAUUCUGCAAUAAGUCUUUAACGCGGACGCUUGUGAGUAAGCAAUAGUUGUUUUGGGCCCUGUAUUGGCCAAGUUCUAUCCACGUUAGGAAGACCGUCUACCUUUACUCUAUCUUGGCUUGAAAGAAGAAGCUACACAUAUAUCUACGCUAUUAAAAGUUAAAGUUUGGUGCGUUAGCAAACCAAAGUAAGUACAUAGAUAAUAAGUUGUUUUUUUGCGAUAUUAAUAGUUGCGCGAAAUGUUUCACACAAAAGUGACUUUAGAAUAAUUUGCGCCAUGUCAUGCAUGAUUCAGUUUGUUUGUUUUGUAUUUGUUCAUUUGCAUGCGCAUGUAUUCUUGUAGGCUUAAGAUCCGCGCUAAGUCAAGGCAGCAUUUCCAUUUCCAGCGCUGCUAAAUUCGGGUGUAGUGCAUGCUAAUCGUAUAAGUAAAUAUUUGCAUGUAUAUUAUUUAGUAUAUUAAUUAGUAUUAGUUUCUUGUUAUAUUUAUCCUAGUUUCUAUACGGUUUACUAUAGUUAGUUUGUUUCACUCAUUGUAUUCUAGUUCGAACCGAUUCUAUCCGCGAUCGAUUCUAUCCGAUCGAUUCAACACGUUACGAUUCUACUCGAUUUCUACUCGAUUCUAUGUGAUUCUGUAUCAACCAUACUAUAUCUAUCGAUAGUAUAUCAUCUGCAAGGACAAUAUACCACGAUAAACGACAAUCUAAAUGAUCUAAAACUGCGAUUUAUCAACAUUCAAGUGAUUCAACGUCUUGAUAUUGAAUUUGAUCCUACCAACUAAAACCUACAACAUCGAUUUCACAUUUCGACACCUCAUUCCCAACAAGUCGUCGUAUCGUGAUAUCAUUGUAUUGUACAUAUUUCACACCUGUAUAUAUCCUGUUGUCUGUUUAUUAAAUUGUUAUAACCUUUUUGUCAAAAUUCUAACGGCGAGUUCGAUUUAUUCAACGCACCGCGUCUACCCCCAGUAGAUUCAUUUGGAUUUUGUUCAAACAUUCAUUUCUAUCCGGAUGAAGCUACAGUGACAAUGGCCCUCCAUUUGCAUCAAGAGAUUUUCAAGCGUUCUUAAAGAGUCUCGGAAUAAUCAAUAAGAAAGGCGUACCCUAUUGGCCUCAAAGUAACGGAGGAGUUGAACGUUGCAACGAAACCUUGUUGAAGAUCGUUAGGAUUGCCAGAAUUGAAGGUAAAGAUUGGAAAAAAGCAUUGGAAGAUUUCCUAUUCCAUUACAGAGUAACUCCUCAUACAGUAACUGGCACAACUCCGGCCGAACUUUUGAUGGGAAGGAAACUACGUGAAAAGCUCCCGAGAGUUGAAGUUAAUGAAAGUCGUGUCACCGAGACAGAACGGAAACAGCUUUUGAAAGAAAGGGAUGCUCGUGUAAAACUCCGACAGAAAGAAUACGCCGAUAAGACACGCGCGGCCCAAGAUAGCAACAUUAGUGAGGGUGAUCGAGUGUUGUUGAAACAAACGAGGAAAAACAAGCUAACGUCAAGUUUCGAACCACUUCCAUACAGAGUGAUUCGCAGAGAAGGCAAUUCAGUUGUUAUACAAGAUUCUGGUGGAGAUAAUAAGAUGCGAGGAAUAGCGCACAUGAAGAAGUAUGUGGAGCCACAAGUUGUUGAAACUAGAGAAACGUUAGAAACGCCAGUCAUACUUCAUGAAGUUGAGGAAUCGACAGCGCAACCCGUUAGUGCAGAUCCUGCGAAGCAAGAUCAAUCAGACGUACCAAGUUCAGUACCGCAGCCUAGCAGCCCAAGUCCAAAUGUACGACCAUUGCGUGCGAGGCGACCGCCAGUUUGGAUGAAAGAUUACGUUUCAUAA